GCUUCAAUCUGACACUUGCAUAUUACUCAGGUUUACGUGGUGAUUGUACAAAUUUUACAAGGUGACCAGGUAGCAUUCGGCUAUACGUAGUUUUACUGCGGUAUUUAGUGACACGAAAGGUGAAAUUUAAAAUGACACUAAAACAUGGGAUAUAAAGACGACCCCACUUUUGUGAGUUGUACGAGACCUUGUUGUCACUGUUAUCCGCCAUGUCUGGGUCGUCAGAUGAAAACGCUGCUCUGAUGGCGUCGGCAGGGGAAGGAUCUAAACAGAAGAGGAAGAAGUCGCCGGACUGGAGUCGGUUUGGACUGAGCGCCGACCAACAGGAGGCGGGCCAGGCUAAGAAAUACACACACGCAGAUGUUGAGGACGGUUACCAACAAGUAGACGACGGAAAACAGAACGAGCUUUUUAGGGAGGACCAGAGUCUUUCGCCACAGAAACCAUGGUACAAGGCCAAUUUCUUCAUUUCGGAGCCGGUCCUGUUCGGAACUUGGGACGGAGUGUUCACUUCCUGUAUGAUCAACAUCCUUGGAGUGAUCAUCUUCCUCCGAAUGGGAUGGAUUGUUGGGAACUCAGGGAUAGGUCUGACAAUUUUGACAAUCAUCGUUGCUGUGGUGAUAGUCCUGAUCGUGGCUCUGUCAGCCAUUGGGGUGUGUGAACGGUGUAAGAUGGAGUCUGGGGGCGUGUACUUUCUACUGUCACAUGUCCUUGGGGCCAGAAUUGGGGGCAGUAUCGGUGUCAUCUACUGCUUUGCACAGUCUGUGAGCUGUUCCCUGUCUGUAAUGGGGUUUGGAGAGUCCAUUAUGGGUCUGGCCCACGUGGAAAACACAUGGAUAGCAAAGGGAGUGGCCGUAGGACUGGUACUUCUCCUGCUGGGUAUAAACGUGGCGGGGGUUAAGUGGGUGAUCCGUCUACAGCUUGUUCUACUGAUGGCGCUAUUCCUGUCAGCCAUGGACAUGAUUGUCGGCUCCUUCCUACACACAGAUGUGGAGCAUGGUGUGACUGGUUACUCCGAGUUUAACCUGCGUAACAACUCGGGGCCGCAGUACGUGGAGGGUGAAAACUUCUUCAGUAUCCUUGGGCUGUUCUUCUCCACUGUCACGGGAAUUCUGGCUGGGAUAAACAUGAGUGGAGACCUUCGAGAUCCCUUCCACAACAUCCCCAGCGGCACACUGGCCUCACUGGGUGUUGCGACAAUCUUGUACAUAUCCUUCACUUUAGUCCUUGGAGCAACUUGUUCAAGGUCCUACCUACUGGGCGACUACAUGAUAGCUAAGGAGGUGGCGUUUGUUGGCUAUGUGUGGCUGAUCGGCCUGUAUAUUUCCUCCGUGUCAUCCUGUAUGGGCAGUCUGUAUGGACCUCCCAGGAUCCUCCAGUCCAUCGCCAAUGAAAACGUUAUUCCAAUCAUACGGGUGCUCGGCCAAGGAAGAGGACCCAACAAAGUUCCGAUAUAUUCCCUAAUCCUUGUGACACUUGUUGUGUUAUUGUUUAUAUGUGUGGGAGACGUGAACACAUUAGCUCCUAUAGUUACCACAGCGUUUAUGAUGACUUACGCCGCAAUCAACUAUACUUAUUUCGCAUUAGCCAUGACAUACGAAAAAAGACAAGAACGAGAAAGAAAUCUCAAUGUGACACCUACCAAUUCUAAAAAGCUUCGUGAUGCAACAUCACCAACUGAUGCGAACAAUGGCACUGUUGCAGGGAGUUAUGGUGCAACAGGGGUGCAUUUAAAUGGUGAACGCCCAAAAGAUUCAUUUGAAAAAUUUGCAAGUGAUUUGGACAAAUUGUUUCCGGAGAGAAUGACUCAAAGGGGGCAGCACCAUCUUGUGCGGCAGGGCAGCAUGGGAAGUGGGAGUACCGCCACAACCCCGGAUGCAGAUUUUGAUGCCACCAAAAAAUCUAAGUCACAUGAUACAUUUUCUGAACACAGUGAUACAUCUUCACUCUUACCUGAGAAAGGGGCCACUACUGGAGCUACUGCUACAGAGACAGAGUCCCCAAAGAAACCCCGCAGUACAGAAAUUACCAAAAUGCCGACAUCAUGGUACUCAGUAUUCUGUAACCGCUGGCUUUCACUGUUCGGGACAUUUGUUUGUUUUUUCAUCAUGUUUUCCAUACAAUGGGCUUAUGGCUUAGCGGAGCUGACAGCAGCCUUGAUAGUAUAUGUAUAUAUAGGACAAGCUAGUCCCGGAUACUUCCCAGGUAUUGCUGACUUUAACUUUUAUGAAUGGGUCAAGGAAGGUAUCCAGCGGUGUUGUAGACGAGGAAAACCAGUUCAUGAAGAAAUUGUGGUGGCACCAUCUACCCCUGCUGUACACACAAUGGCUGCUCAGCUCACAGAAGAUAAUGAGGAUUUCGCCAGUAGGGGGCGUUACCAUCAGUCAGAAGUUGUUAGGGGAGAAAACUUUGAUGAUUACGACUCAGACUGAUACUAAUAUCUGGGAAUAGGUCUUAAGAAAAUUAAUGUUAUAAUAGUUAAAGUAUGAUUGUUUGGACUCUGUAGAUAUAUUUAUCUGUAAAUAUAUUUAUUUCAGAUUAUGUAUGUAUAUGAAUGUCUGUGUUAAUUUUAAAUGUGGUGUUGUCAGAUAUACCUACGUAAUGACGAUAUCUACACAGGGACAUUGGAGUUCCACUAGCAGUAAUGUAUAGGGAUAGUAUACGGUAUCCUGGUAUACUUUUGCCCAGUAAAACUUUCACCUUUUUCCAAUAAAUUUCAUCUUGGCCCAAUAACAUGUAAUUACUAUAUAUUACAUGCUGUGUACAAAUAUUCGCUGUAAUGAUAAAUUUGCCCUCAUUGGGGAGGGUGAAAAGGCGAAAGCUAAACUGCGACGAAAAUUUCCCUGUAUACAGUAGUUAUAUAGCAAGGGUACAACAAUGAAUUACUCUCUGACUAAACUCUGCAUUUUACUCAUCUCCGGACUUCAAAUGAUCUCCUUAAUUAUACUUACUGUAUAACUCGUGUAUAGCUUUUAUAGGGCUGUCACUAUACAUUGUAUUGUACCAUACAGAAAUCAAAUAUCGCUGUAUGGAAACAUUUUACAAAAACUUCACUUCAGGUAUCUCCUAGAUAUUUACAAAUUAUUACACAUUCGGACAAAUAUGCUCAUAACCAUAAUGAGGCUUCUUACUAGUGUUGGAAAUUAAUUCAAAAUUCAAAAUGAAUGGUUUGAAAGAUGGAAAUGUUAAAUCUGUGAUCCAUGGAUAUGAUUAAGUUUGAUUAUAUUCUGACAACAAUUUAUUUUUUUCCUUUGUCAAUAUAUAAAUAUUUCGCUAUAUAUCACAUUUCCAUCACCUAUACCAGAGAUUGGUGCUUUUUUGCCAAGAAAAAAAAUAUUAUAAGACAGAAUAAUUUCCAGUUCAGAGUUGUGUUGAUAAACAUGAUACAUUUGUAUUCUGUUUCUAAAACUUAUAAUGGGACAGGAAAUUCUUAAUAUUCUUAAAUUGUCUAACCAAAGGCUUCUUAUUUUUUUAUUUUUUUUUAUGAAUUAAUCUUUUAAUUACUAACGUGUGAAAAACUACAAUGCAAAAAUGAACAUUUUCACAGUUUUAAAAAAUGAAUCUCUUACAAAGUUGGAUGUGUUCUGUUAGUAGAAACAAAAGCCUGGAACAACUGCCAUAUAUUUGCAAUUAUUUUUUUCUCUAAAAUCGUCAUGAAUUUGAUGUUCUCAUCAAAGUUUCUUAGAUGCACCUAGUCACAAAUCUGACAGUAUUUUCUAUUAAUGUAUAUGUAAUUGUGUAUAUAUGUGAACAAAAUGUAUAAGUUUGUUGAAUAUGUGAGAUCUGUCCCUUGGGCUGUCAGUAUCGAUAAAAUGUAUCGGGGUUUUAAUUUGGGUCUGAAAAUAAAUAUUAGAAUUCCUCAUUCCUUCAAACUUUUUCCCAAUGUGAAAACAUGUUAUAAGGGAUAAUGUUUUAACAGAUGAAGUAUAAUAUUACACCAACCUCUACCCAGAGUUGUCCUUCCUUACACUCACUUAUCAGGGGUUAACACUAACACUAGUCUGCUAGUCCUGGACUAGUAGAUUUCAGCAAGGACUAGUGAAUCACCUAACC